AUGGCGACAAACCUAGUUGACAAUGUGAAAACAGCGUUGGAAGGUUUGCCAGUAACUGACGUGACGGGAUGGCUUGAUAGCACGGUGGCUCUGUACUGGAUCGAAGGCAGAGGACAGUAUAAGCAGUUCGUACAAAAUCGGGUGAGGAAAAUUUGCGAGAAGAGAUACAUCAAGUGGAGGCACGUACCAACGGAUCAAAAUCCAGCCGAUGUCGGUAGUCGGGCAGGUUUGGGUUCUAACGAUAAGCAGUUGUGGCAACACGGACCCGGUUGGCUUGGUGCGAAAGAGAACUGGCCUCAAACUCCAGUGAUUGCUGAAACCGAUGAAUCGAAAGUCGAAACCAAGUUGACUCGUGAAGUAUUCGCAUUAGUCCUACCAGUGAAAGACACGUUUGACGAGCUCCUCGAAAAAUUCGAACUUUGGAAAAUGCUGCGAAUUGGAGCGUGGGUAGCAAGGUUCGUGUCUAAUGCAAGGAUUCAUGGGGGGGGGAAGUCAUUGGGACCUAUUACGACGGAGGAAAUCCAAAAGCAACUACUAUUCUGGGUGAAAAGAGUCCAAGGGCGGAAUGAAACAACUGACACCUUCCACGACGACCGGUCACGAUUAAACCUUCACACAACCAAGGACGGUGUGUACGAAUGUCGAGGCCGUCUUCAAGGACUUUACCCGACCUAUUUACCCGAUCAAGAAAUGUUCACCGAGAAGCUUGUGAUGAACGCCCACAUCCGAACCUUACAUGGGGGAGUGGGACUUACCAUGACUAAGCUACGGGAGGUUUAUUGGAUACCACGUUUACGACGGUUGGUGAGGAAGAUGAUCAAAAGGUGUAAUGGCAGUAGGCGGUUUCGGGCAGCCGCAGUUGCCGAUCCUCCACCCAGAAAUCUUCCGACAGAUCGAACGGUUGGAUCCUCUGCGUUUCAAGUGAUUGGAGUGGACUAUGCGGAGCCAAUUCCCUAUCGGACAGCGAAAAAUCGAGAACGAAAAUCGUACCUCCUUUUGUAUACUUGUAGUCUGUCGAGAGCGGUCCAUUUGGAGUUAUUACCAGACCUGACCACGACAGAAUUCAUUCAUAGCUUGAAGAAGUUUAUCACCCGUAGGGGUCGUCCUAGAAAAAUCUACUCGGACAACGGGAGGACAUUUGUGUCUGCAGCGACCUGGCUGAGAAAGGUGAUGAAAGAAGAGAGGUUUCACAACUGGUUGGCAGAACAAAGAAUCGAAUGGCAGUUUAAUCUAACUCGCGCACCGUGGUGGGGCGGUCAAUUUGAGCGGAUGAUAGGAUUAGUCAAACAAGCAUUAUACAAGACCAUCGGGAAAGCUUGUUUACAGUAUAAAGAACUUCAAAAAGUAUUGCUAGACAUUGAGCUGGUUUUAAACAACCGACCGUUAGGUUACGUAGAAGAUGACGAACAGAUGCCAAUUCUUACUCCUAACAACCUGAUGUUUGGGCAGCCAGGCACAAUCCCUGUGGAAGAUGUCGAUUGUAUUGAUGAAGCAAGCCUUAGAAAGAGAGCAAGAUAUGUUGAGAAAUGCAAAAGCGCUUUGUGGUCGAGAUGGUCAUCGGAGUAUCUCCGGGGUUUACGAGAACGACACAAUUUAAAACAUCCGAAGAAAGAGCAUAAACUGAAACAGGGUGACGUGGUAAUUAUCAAGGGAGAAGAAAGAAAUCGGAACAAAUGGAAACUCGGUGUUGUAGAUCAGAUGAUUAAGGGAAGAGACGGUGUGAUCAGAGCGGUCAAAUUGAGAGCAGGAAAGUCAUACUUGGAGCGUCCAAUUCAGUUCUUGUAUCCAAUGGAAUUAUCGUGCGACAUAGAAUCACCAAAGACCAGCUUGAACGCGAAGGCGAAGGAGUUUAAACCCAAGAGAAAGGCGGCGAUAACCGCUCAGGAGAACCUUCGGAAGAUAAUAGAAUUCUUUUUUAUUCUCCGCAAGAAAGACAAUCAAGUUAGUUUUUUGCACGUGUACCAUCAUAUAAGCGUCUGUUUGUUGUGGUGGAUCGUAGUCAAGUGGAAUCCUGAUUCGCUCAUGAGAUUUUGCAUGUUGGUAGCGUUGGGUCACCUGGUCGUUCGUUUUUUUUUCCACAUUCAUGGAAAAAUCUCACAGAGACACCUUAACGUAUACGUCAAUGCAAUUUCUUUCUUUUUAGCUUAUUUUGGAGCAUCUUUAAAUUGUUUUGUUCACAUCGUCAUGUAUUUCUACUAUAUGGUGUCAGCACUUGGACCUAAAUACAGGAAAUAUUUAUGGUGGAAGAAAUACUUAACUUCGUUACAAAUGAUUCAAUUUACCAUGCUUUUAGUGUAUAUCUUACACGCGAUAACAAUAAAAGAUUGUACAUUUCCACGUUGGGUGCUUGGAUUGUUUUUCUGCUAUGGUAUCUCUCUUCUGAUACUGUUUGCUAACUUCUUCGCUAAGUCAUAUAUAAAUCGAGUGACUGCAGAAAAAGGACAGAAGUCAAAUUAAAGAUCGUGAAACAGCAUUUCGAAAUUCAGAACGUAAUUUUGAAUAUUUCGUUAUGAUUCAAAGAUGUGGUGUAUCAAUCAUGCAAUCAACGCCUGUACGAAAAUGAUGGCGAAUGUACAUUUCAUCAGAACGCGUUAAAAAAAUGUCUGCAUGAACGGCUAAAAAAAUGUCUGCAUGAGAACGCCUGCGAUUUCACAAAACAUUGAGAGUUUUAGGCCGUGCGAGGGAAACA